AUGCCUGUUACUACUGUUAUGAAAUCAUCAACACCCGUAAGUACAGUUUCAUCUUUGGAUACAAAUCAUGCGUCAACUGCUGUUCAAAGUGGUCCAUAUACAAAAGCUCAAUUUCAAAAUACUAUGGAAGGUUCUCGAAGUGUAAAAAGUAUUCAAGAAGUUGAACAAUUACUUCGUGAUUAUCCAGCUGCAUUAGAACUUUUUCGUACAGGACGAUAUAAAGUUAAAGUUAAAUAUGAAUCUGAUGUUGAACGUGUUAUACUUGUUGAAAAACGAGCAAGUAAAAUUGCAUCAAAUCAUGAAACAAAAACACAUGGUACUCAACAACAGAAUCAAUCUCAUUAUUAUGUAUCAACAAAUUUAGAAAAAAUGCGAGAAGAUCUUAAAAAAGAACGAGAUUCAGAACGUUCACGUAGUCGUACACAUUCACAAGAUCAUAUUGCACCACCACCACCACCACCACCAAUAACAACAACGUCUGUAACAGAUGAUAAUAUAUUGUCACAAGCAACAACAUCUUCAAUGCGUAUGACAAGUAACAUUCAACCUAAAGUUGAUAAUCAUCGAACAACAUCAAAUGAACAAGAUGUUUCUGUCACAUCACAACGCAAACAACAACAACAACAACAGCAACAACAACAACAACCACAACAACAACCACAACAACAACAACAUACUCAUCAUCGUACGAAUUCACGUGAAAGUCCUUUCAAUGUAUCACAAUCAAAACAUAAAGGAAAAAAAAGUAGUCGAGAUCAUGCAAGAGCUUUAGUACCUUAUGUACCUAAUGCUAAUCAACCUCAAUAUAUGUGGCCACAAUCACGACCUGUUCAACAUUAUUAUAGCAAUCCUGUAUUACCACAACAAUCGCAACCAUCAAAUAUUUAUAUGCCUCCAUCAUUUUUACCUCAACAAAAUCCAUUAUAUCAACAACCAUAUUAUUAUGGUCAACAACCUCCUGCUCUUUCUUAUCAAAAACCAUCUGUUUAUCCAACAUCAUCAACAGCAAAAUCAGUAAGAAAUAUUGAUAAUUCAAAUACUCAUCCAACACGUAAUCAUCCAUUAUCACCUCAGACAAAUAAAAAUCCAAAUCGAGGUACGACACAUCCUACAUCAUUUCAUACAUUUUAUCCGAAUCAACAACAACAACAAUAUCAAUCUACUCAACCUAUAUAUCAAUCACAAAUACCAAUACCAAUAUCUGCUCCCUGGUCAGCAACAGCUCAUAAACGAACAGACCCAGUUGUCAAUAAUAAUAAUAAUCAGCAGCAUCAUGUUCAUAGAGAAAGUCGACGAAGUUCGAAACAUCGUGCUCAUAGUGUUGAGACAGGACCUCGUAGUCAACCUCCAAUUCGUUAUUAUAAUCAAUCAGAACAACAAGCUCCUCCUAUGACUACUGAAAGUCAUCAUCAUCAUCACCAUCAUCAUCAUCAUCGAUCUCAUCAGACAAGUGCACCAGUUAAUACUAUUGUUCCAUCUGUAGAACCUGUUAAAGAACAAAAUAUUCCAUUAAAAGAACCAAUGACAGUAGUUAAUAAUGGUAGUAGUGGUGAUAGAUUAACUAUUCGUCAACUUAAUGAAAUUUUUCUUCGAACAGAACCAUCAGGUCGAUUACCAUUUACUACAUUACCUAAUAUUUUACAACGUUUUGGCAUAUCAUUAGCAGAAAGUGAUUUAACUUCAGCUGCACGUGAUCUUCAAUAUAAUAUUAAUGAACCAAUAUCUGCUCGACGUCUAGUACAUAUUUUAGUUCGAUUAGGUAAAAUAGCAAAAUCAACACAUCAACAACAACAACAACAACAACAACAACAACAACAACCACAACAACAACAACAACAACACCAUCAACAACAUCAACAUCAACAACCUGCUAUUUCACCAAUCAUGUUACCUGAAGAUCGUGAAGUGACUGAUAUUAUGACACAAAAUAGAGUAGGCGGCGCUACAUCAACUCAUAUACAUUCAUCAACACAUCCCAAUCAUUGGUAUUAA